GACCGCUCACCUUAUAAUAAAAAAGAAGAUCGAAAAAAAAUUGUUGCAAUCUUAUACUUAAUGGUGGGAAUAUGUAAUAAGCAUGUUAAUAAUUUUAAACUGGAGCUUGCUUUGUAUCUUGCAGGAUCUGGAGUAACUUGCGAUGCAAUUAAUGCAUUAAGUAGUGCUGGAGUAUCAGUUACUCAUCAGACCAUAUAUAACUACAAAAAAAAAAUUGCUGAUGAACAUCCGAUAAGA